AAAACAAUAUGGCGGCUUGCAAAGGAGUUAUCGGUCGAAUAAUCACGAAACAUUUUACAAAUUUAAGAGUUUCUCCUUGGCUUUUGCGAAAAAAUAGACCAGCUUUUGUUUUAAAGGUAUCUUAUUGCUCUAAAUUUAUGAAUUCGGCAUUCUUUUCAUGAUAUCCAAUAGAUUUAUUUUGUAAUUUUAGUGCCAACCUCAAGCAGCACAUUUUACUUCGUCUACAAGAACAACUGCUCGAAUAAACUGUGAAAUAUCAAGAUCAUACGAACAAUACAAGAAAUACAGCAGUACUUUAUAUAACUAUGAAAGACAUUACUGUACAAAUAAAAUUAGGUACGCAAAAUUCCCAAAUUAAAGUAAUCUAUUAAUAAACAGUCGUUUGAUAAUAAACAGUCGUUUGAAGUUCUGAACGUCUAUGACCAGAAAUAACGGACAUGAUUAUUAUAAUUCCUUACUAAUUCGUAUAUCAUCGAGCAUAACCUUUGAAAUAUGGCUUCUGUAGCACAUUAUAUUACGCGAUGCUGUAAAUCUUAAAAUCAGAAGAUGAGGUAGGUCAUUUGCUGGUAGCAGAACAAAGUUUGUUGAAAUAUUUAAUGUAAUGUUUGCCUGGUGUAAGUUACUGUCUAUUCUGCAUUUUCGUUUGUUCAUAGUGGCAGUAGUGUGGUAUUCUCAUAAAGAAUUAAAUAGACAAAUUUCGUAAAAACUAACCUCUGUACAAAUAUUGAAAAUGCAGAAUUUAGGCAGUAACUGAAAUCAGGCCAACAUUUCACUAAAUGCUUCGACAGACUUUGUUUGGCAGCCAGUGAUUGAGGCAAGCUGCAAACGACCUACUUUAUUCUCAGAUUUUGCGAUCAACAACGUCGCGUUGUAUAAUUCACUGUUGAAGCCAUAUUGAAGCCACGCAGGCUUGCACAUUUAUUAGAUAGGUUCAACGGUUAGCUAGUGUAAGGAUUUAUAGAGUCAGCAUUCAUAAACAGCGAGGGCUAUACUCUGUGAUAGGCUAGUUAGUUUUGGGCAUUACUAUAAUUCUUAACCAACAUAUUUAAUAUAUUCUAGGGAACUAGAUGAGAUAACAUUUCACACGAUCUCAGAUGAAACGCUAAAUGUUCUAAUGGAAUAUUUUGAAGAGCUGGGGGACCUUGGCUAUUUUGAUCAGGAUUAUGAUAUUGAAUAUUCUGUAAGCAUAGUGAAAAAUGUUCAUUUGUAGUUGAUAUAUUACAGAUUCUAUUGAGUGGAUUUCUCAACAGGCUAUUAUCCAAUUCAGAAGGGAUCCGAGGUACCCAUGAUUUAACGUCCUUAUCCGAGAAGACGCGAAAGUCUAACCAUUUACUGAUGUCAAUGUAAAGGUAGCUCUUUCUCCCCAAUUAUUUACCUUAAGUAAAGGUCCGACCAAGGAUUGAACCCGACUCUCCCAACCACGACACUACAUUCACACGACUCCUAUCAUUCUAUGUUCAGUGAUUCUAUAUUGGUGUUGAUGAUUGUAUACCUAUGCAAUGCAUGUUACGAAGCCAAUUUUUUGGAGUUUAAUAUUUGUUUUCAGAACCAUCCAUAAAGAUAUGAAAAAGAUUGAUAUUUAUUCUGACACUACAGAGUAAAACGAAAAUGUUUUUAGGCAACGAAGUCAGAAUAAAUAUGAAACUGGUUUUUAUAAAUAUGCCGAAGGGGGGAAAAAAGAGUCCUACUGGGGGGUUUCUGGCAGUGAUCAUGGUGUUUAUUCGUAUGCUCUUGAUUAAACAUUUACCUAUAGUCUCAUUUUCUCUGUAUAGGAUGGUGUUUUGACAAUAAGAUUAGGAGGUAUUGUGAUUGUAAAUUGUAAUAGAAAAUAUCUCACAAUCAUAUUCAUAAUUAGAGUUUGAGACUGAGGCUAGUUAACACUAUACGGGAUAGAUUUCCAUUGCGGCGCGAAAAAUCACCUAUCCGAUACGGACUGUACAACUUUCGGAAGCUGAGCGAAACAACAUCUCUCCGUUGCAAUAAUUCCUAUGAAAAUAGCGUUCCUAAAAGGUAAGGAUAGGUGUUUUUUCACGUCGCUACGGAAAGCUAUCCGCUACAGUAUAAACGUAUAGCCUAUUGGAGUGUUCAGCUCACGUUUAGAUUACAAGUGCUCGUAGGAAGCUGUGAAUUGCAAAGAUUCUUACUGCCAUUAUUAUAUUUAGAAAAUCAUGGAACUUAUGUCAUAAACAAACAAACUCCAAACAAACAGAUAUGGCUGUCAUCUCCAACGAGGUACAGUAUAGAGCUUGCUACCUUAAACCAUUAACAUCCAAUCCUGUUCCCCUAUAAACAGGUCAAAUUCUGUCAUAGAUUAAUAUUUGAUAAGAAACAUAGGAAUCUGGUUAAUUCACACUCUUAACACAUCCCCUUCGAGGAUUCACGAGCAAAAUCAUCUGGCCGGACCCAACGUUAUUGACACAAAACUAUCUACUUUCAAGUAAUGACAGUUUUAUUCAGGGGGAUCUAGCCUCACCUGCAAGGAGGGGUGCAGGUUUUCCAUGGGGCGGUGCAUGAGGGAGCCUUGCUGCCCACUCUCCUCUGCAGUCUGCAACACUACUAUCCAAACAUUACCAUUAUUUGAGAUGGCUGAAUCUGCAUGCUUGCCGUUCUGUUACGCUUUACAUUAUCUUUUGUUUUUAAAGUUUAUAUCGGAUUUUUAUCACGUAUGCGUGACUGGACAGUUGCUGUAUCACAUUGCAGUAAAUUUGUUUGUUAAAGUACAGCAUAUUUGAAAUUAUGGCUGUAUAGCAACCUCGACAUAUUCACAUAUGUAACCAUGAUAUUUAACUAAAGCAUUCUGAGUAUUUUCUCGUGAGCUCACAAAUCAAUUAAAUCGUUUCAAAAAAUCGACACACGCUGACAGUAGAAGUUCCCUAAUCGCUAUUCAAAAAGCAGAAAAUGUAUGGUCAAGCAGAUGUGUUUAUGCUGGUGCUGGACUUCUCCUAGGGGAGUUCUAGACACCACUAUAGGUGGGGUGCCCACCCCCAGGUGGGGUGCCCAUCCCUCUGAACCCCUACGGUAGAUCCCCCUGGUCUGAUUUGAAAUUUGUUAAAUUUUAUGUCCUUUAUUUCUAGUGGUCCGAAAAGAUACGACUUCACAGAAUCUAGUUGUUGGAUCUAUCGUCAUAAUGGAGUUUCGUUACAUAAACUUUUAUCAGAUGAAAUUAGUGACGUUACUGGACGAUCUGUUUCAUUUACUGACUUACAACACGGAGGUGGAACAAGCUCCUAGCUAAAUGACUUCGCAUGUUUUAUACAGUAUAUUUACCUUAAUUUGAUAUACAAACAUUCUAUAUUACUAAAUACAAGAAGCGUAAAACAAUAAAGUAUUUGACCAGAUCAGUACGUGAUAAAAUAAUUAAUGAAAUCUGGUUUUCAUUACUGCACGUAAAAACUCACAAGUCACAACUUGUCAACAAGAUUUUUUUUUUUUCUGUGUUGGUGUAGUGUACUCAGGUGAAUAUGAUGUUUGUGGUGUUACUCUGAGUGUAUAUCCACACCGGGCGAGCUUGAAAAAUAUGCCCGGCCACGGUGGGAUUCGAACCUACGUCCUUUGGAAAACUAGCGCUAGCCCACAGAAAGAAAAAAAAUUCAUAUUACUAGAAUACAUUGGUAUCGAAGGAACUAGAUUCUGUUCCGAAAUAUCACUUACUCGAACCGUCCUGACCACGUAGCUCAGUUGGAAGAGCAUUGGGAUAGUUUUCCAAAGGUCGUAGGUUCGAAUCCCACCGUGGCCGGGCAUAUUUUUCAAGCUCGCCCGGUGUGGAUAUACACUCAGAGUAACACCACAAAUAUAAUUGUCAACAAGAUGUUUCGCAACAGGCUUGUAGCAAGCUUGUCAACAAGUUGUAACAAUGCUGUUAUAUUAUCAAGUUGCUACAAGGCUGUCAUUUACAACUCGUUGACAAAUUGUUGAAUUGCAGGACGAUAACAAGUUGUUGGAACAACUUGUAACAAGUCUGUUGAGCUCAACAACCUUGUAGCAAGUUGUCAACGGCUCCGUUGACAACUUGUCAACAAGCUGGGAACAAGCAGUGCGAACACAUCCUGUUGACAAGUUGUUGGAACAGCAUUGCUACAAGUCUGCUGCAGGUUUGUUACAACUUGUGCGUUUCUGUAGAGAAUUCGAUGCUAAAACGUUUCGGAUUCUACAUAUCUGUGGCAAAUCGGAAAAUAUAGUCGGUAAAAUGAAAGAAUUCUUAAAAUCGCAAAUAAAAUUUCC